UUUUGUUUUACGUAGUUUCCCUUCGCUCUACCAAGAGUGGAACGUGUUAUGGGUUUAUACGUUGUGUUUCUUGACGAUUGUGUAGUUUUACAGUGAAUAAUGUGAUUGUGUAGUUCGUUAUGGCAUUUAGAUACCGCGAAGAUUUAGUUGGCAAACGAUUUCUGUCUGUGAGUGGUGUGGCAAAAAUUAAUGUGAAUAAAGUUUCUGAAUGGGGAUGGAAAGCUGGUGUUAUCAGAGCAGCUUCACUCAAAGAUAACAAGAAUAAGGAGCUCCAGGUGUUAGUGGAAUAUGAUGGUGUCGACUGGCAACGUCGUGAGUGGGUAGCGGUCCAUUCGAGAAGAACUUUUAGAGUGUUUUUAGUGGAAAGAACUUUAGUGUGGGCUCCUAAAAAAUAUGAAAACGAAGAAGUGAAAUGGCCGGCUUUGACGUUCAGUCCAUUAUUUGCUGUGGACGUGACACUCCAAGCUGACUGUCAGCCUGUCGAGUUCUUGCAUGACCGCUCGCUACAAUUCCUGGACUAUGCCAACCUUCAACCAUUCCAGGACUGGGACGCUCGUCUGGCGGGUUCGGAGGCGGGUGUGGGCACCGACUUGCUAUCAUCAUUAUGUGCGGAGUCGGCGGAGUGGCGGAGUGUACAGGAUGGCCAGCGUAUCCUGACCUCGACGCCGUCAGUGCUGGGCGGCUGCCGCGCUCAGGUGUACCGCGUCGCAGGCGCAACGCAGUGGUACACUGCGGUUAUAGUCGGCGUUAAUGAGCACACCGGGGAGCUCACAGUGACUGACGACACGGUGUUGGAAGAGCAUAGUGAGGACCCCGCACUGGUGCAGAUGAGACUUCUCGGUGAUGGAGUGAUCGAGUCUAUAAUGAGGGGGGAAGUGGUGGGAGUGAUGCCGAGAAGAUCUCGCUCUAAUCUACAAAGGAUUGAGAGAGAGAACAACAAGAGUCCGGCAACGACUGGAGGGAGAAAGAAGCAAGCGGCAGUCCGAAGUAACGGACAUAUCGCUUCUGUUGAACCGCCACAACAACAGCAAACAGGCACGACCCAGGAGCUUGAGCAAAUCGAAAUCAACAAAAAAGGUAAAAUGCUUUUCCAUUCCAUUGGCCAUUCACGAAUAAAUAAUUCAAUGGGCAUACAUUGAUCACGUUAUACGUUG